AUGGGCGAAGCAGCAGUAACCGCCUGAGCUAGACACCGAUCCAGAAGCAAAGAUGGCUCAGACAAACCCUCUGCCUGUUCCCAUGGGCCCGUGGAAGAGCGUUCGGAGCAGAGGCCGGGAGAACCGCCAGCCACAGCCCUGCCACCCGCCCGUCCCAGAACGGCUCCGCUCCUCUCUCCGGACGGCACCGCUGCCCCGGGAACUGAUCUCCGCAGGGAUCACCGUGUACGACCAAGAAAACUUCCAGGGCAAGAGGAUGGAGUUCACUUCAGCCUGUCCAAACAUCAUGGAAUGUGGCUUCGACAACAUCCGCUCCCUGAAGGUGGAAUGUGGCGCCUGGGUGGGUUACGAGCACACCGGCUUCUGCGGGCAGCAGUUCAUCCUGGAGAGAGGAGAGUACCCGCGCUGGGACGCCUGGAGCGGCAGCAACGCCUACCACAUCGAGCGCCUGAUGUCCUUCCGCCCCGUCUGCUCUGCUAAUCACAAGGAAUCCAAGAUCACUCUUUUUGAGAAAGACAACUUCAUCGGCCGCCAGUGGGAGAUUGCUGAUGACUACCCCUCGCUGCAGGCCAUGGGCUGGGCCAACAACGAAGUGGGCUCCAUGAAGAUCCAGUGUGGCGCCUGGGUGUGCUACCAGUAUCCCGGGUACCGUGGCUACCAGUACGUCCUGGAGUUUGACCACCACGGUGGAGACUACAAGCACUGGAGAGAGUGGGGUUCACAUGCCCAGACCUCCCAAAUCCAAUCCAUCAGGCGUGUCCAGCAGUAGCUCCUCAGUUCCCAGAACAUCUCUGCAAGGUUUCGAAAGCUCACCAGCUCCCUCUUGGUGCUAAUAACUCCCCUCCCAAAAUAACCACCCCCCUCUCGUACUGACACUGCUUAUGGAACAACACUCCCAAAACGGUACCGACUGCCACAAUUGCCAAUAAAUGUGACUGAAAG